AUCAGUUUCAGUUGCCGCCGAGCAUUUAUUCGAAGCGCUCGGAAACAUUCUCGUAGCAAAACACUGAGACCGCAAGCGGCAAGAAUUUUUACCAGAGGAAACAUAUAAUUAUUAUACUUCAUUUGAUCUCACAAUCAACACCGUCAGCAAAUAAACAGAAUGUCUCAGUCUGGGGAGGAAACGUCAAGAACUUCAGAAAUGCGCCACGACCCUGACGAAAUGCCAGACAACCUGGACGUUGUUGCCGUUCGACUCUCUGGUUUUGGUGGUUUGGAUAAAGUUAAAAUCGAGAAAGUUUCCAUGCCAUUGAUAAUUCCUGACGGCCAUGCUGAGGUGCAAGUUAAAGCAUUCGGCGUCAACUUUGCUGACCUUUACAUGCGUCAGGGUCUGAUGCGCAACCUGAGGCCCCCGAUGACCAUGGGGAUGGAGUGCUCAGGAGUGGUCAACAACGUGGGCCCUGGCGUGACCACUCUUAAGGCGGGCGACCGUGUCAUCUGCUACCAAGUGAACGGCGGCCUCCACCAGCAGGUCGUGUUUGUACCUGAGGAAGCUUGUUUCCUGUUGCCUCCGGAGGUGUCUUUUGAUAUUGGAGCGGCCAUUUUCGUAAACUACCUGACGGCCUAUUUCAGCGUCUUGAAUAUUGGCAACCUUGAGGCUGGACAGACUGUCCUCAUACACUCCUGCGCUGGUGGGGUCGGAUGGGCUGCAACCCAGCUGGCGCGCUCUGUCCCAAAUGUCAAAGUCUACGGGACCACUUCAAUGGAGGAGAAGCACGCUGCGGUUAAAGCGAACGGAGUGAGUGUCGUGCUGGACCCCAAAACCUACGUGGAAACACUAAAAGUGCUAGAGCCCCAGGGAGUCCACCUGGUCUUAGACAGCAUCGGAGGGACAAGCUUCCUGCAGUCUCAGCAGCUUUUGAGGCCUCUUGGAAGAGCCGUAUUGAUUGGCGCCAGUAGCAUGCUGAACGGCGACAGGAAGCUGGGGCUUUGGGACAUGCUCGUCACGUGGUGGCGCACCCGGUGCGUCUCACCAACCGAUUUGCUGAAUGAGAGCAAGGUGGUGGCAGGUCUCCACCUAGCAAAUCUGUUGAAGGACGAUCCACAGAGGGUGCGUGAAGCCCUGCAGACUUUGUUCUCCAUGCUUGAGCAAAAACAGAUUGAACCCAAAAUUUAUAUGAAGUUUCCAUUGGAGUUGGCCGUGGAUGCGUACAAGGAGCUACACCAGAGGAAAAAUAUUGGCAAGAUUCUGCUGCACAACUUGGUCAAGUGACUGAUUUUUUGCUAAGUGUUGCCCUAUUUGGCCACGUGAAAUUUGUUAUUUGUUCAGAAAUAAAAAACUUUUUGUUAAGCUACAUA